CAAAACUCAAAAUGUCUGGAAGAAGUAACGCAGUGAUAAUUUGGAUGUCGCAACUCGUGAUCAAGCCAAAGGUCACGUAAAGUUCCUGCACCAUGAUUUUUAGUCCCGUUCCCAUCCGUGAUGGUCCUUCCGAAGCUCAUAUUUUGGACAGGAGUGCUCUUAUACCUCGAGCUUGACGACUAUUAGAGUUAUUCGCUGCAGGCGAGCCACGCAUUCCAUUUCUACGGAUUUCGUCUCAUCAUCUCCGCUUUCAGGAUGAUGCGGAGUGGGUCAGCAACAGGAUCAUGUCAGCGGCUGCUGCCGGUGAAUCAUCGCGAGCUCAUUAGCUUACGAAAUGUUAGUGGGCGGACGCGGAGCGCAGCACUGUUACUUGGUUCGUCCACUAGCAGUAGCAGUAGCUCAAAGAUCAACAAGCGCAACUACAUCUCGUCUACAACUAGCGCAAGACUCUAUCCGCACAACAAUCAAUCCGUCUACUCUUCCCCGUCUAGUCGAGCACGGAGUUCCGUGUCAUUGAAAAUGGCCCAUUCACGGCUGGCUUCCUCGGUGCGGCUUCGAGCUUUCGCUUCUGGCGCUGCUACAAGUAUCCGUUCUGCGGCUCCUGGUCUUAACGACCAAGAAGAUGAUCUCGAGGCGGUGGAGCAGGAUGAUGAUUAAGACUAUUGCGGUGUUUAUGAUGCUACAUGCAAUAUUUUUGGAGACUGAUCGUACACAUUCGGGACAUUUCUUUGUCUCUGUAGAAGAAAACUGACAACAGGCAAGAACGACAGCAUAUUCAAGAGCCUCCGGUAAGCAAUUUCGCAACUGCCUCCUGUUAGUGUGGGAAAGCAAGAAAUCUCAAAGAUGCACUCAGAGUUGUGAUUUCAACAUGACCCUCUAAGGAGAGUGCAUCCCAAAUCCCAGUCUAAGUACAAGCUAUGGACGCGGAGGAAGUUGAUGAUGGGGACACUUACGGAAUUUCUGGACCCAAGUCGGUCCUAAAGCAGUGGCCGUUCCUAGUGCGCAAGACUCUUAGACGCGACUUGCUCAGCGUUACGGAGCCAACAUUUGUCUUUGGUGCUCGAGGCUCGGGAGCACGCUCAGCGAUCCGCAACGCCAUCAAUCGGGAUCUCGAUUUCGAUUUCGGUCUCUAUGAAGCCAGCAACUUGCAGGAAAUCGUAGAAUGUACGAUUGAGGAGCUUACCCAUACUGUGCUUUUGGACGACGUCGCGUCACUGGAGGAGCACGACAGAAACGCUAUAGCGCAAUCGAUAUCUUCCGCUUCUUCGUCUGGCACUUAUCAUGAGGGUGUUGAAGCAUCUUUUUCAACGUCAUCAGGUCCAGAAAUACUAGGAUUAGUAGAAGACGCAUUCUUGUCGAACCUGUACAGCGCGCUGACGCGGACUGCGCAGACAAGACCUGGAGUGCCUAGUGGUUCGGGAACUGCAGCCUUGGAGAAGAGUAUACUUAUGCUUGCAGCAAAGGUGGCAGUGGGGGAAAACGCAAACCUACGGCCGAUCCGGAAACUUCGAUCAUUUCUAGGAGAGCAAGCAUGGGCAGAAAAGACACAGAAACUGCAAGACGCGCUUCAGCCAGGACAGAACGUAUGGGUUAACUAAGUACUUAACUUAACAACAACAACAAGGUGAUGAAGAUGAUUCCCUUUGUGAUCUAGUACGAGAUGACGUUUUCUAAUUGUACCUUUUUCAGUGACGGGGCGGACAGGGAGAAACUGGACGCGGAGUGUGCACUUGAAAAAUGUUCUAAUGAAAAGGAAAAAAGUCGUACCCUACCAAUCGAAUAGAGUUAUAUCUUUCUGCUCCCGGUUUCCUAUCAACAGGUCACGCCGAGUGCUGAGCAGUGUUUCGCGAUUCUUCUGAAGGGUCUCAGAUACAAUACUGCGAAGCUUGCCAGCGAUCCUAGCGCACACAAGCAACUACGUAAAGCAGAUGCUAUCGAGGCCACAGCAGAAUUCCUCGCACAUCUUCCGGAUAUGCUUGGCGAGGGAAGCAGUGCGGAUACCAAUGAGCGACAUCUAGCGAGUCUCGAGUAUUUUCUCGUGUACCUCGAAUCCGAGCUGCAACAGAGCACAAAGAGUCCACACGAGGUGUUAUCGAUGUCGAGUGCGAAGAGAAGCGACUAUGGCGAAGAUCACGAUGCACAGAGUAAUGGCACGCCGGAAGAUGCACGACCAAGUAAACGGUUUGUUGCGCUCGGUCGCUGCGAAACUUUAUUUCGGAGUGAGCAUGUUCCACGAAAUUUUGGCCAGCGAGUCCUGGGCUUGUUCAAGGCUGUUUUCCGCGACUGGCCGCUUUUGAUGCAUGUGGGAAAUGGCGACGGGAUGGUGUUGCUUCAAAACAACCCUCGACACGUUAUUCCAGUCGCGCCGCUGCGCGAAGACAUGGCCAGAGCGCUGUGUGAACAGGUGGUUGGUAGACAACUAAAGUUGUCGACGAAGACCUCGCCAAUCUUUGCCGUAGGUUUGCAACAUCUGGCAGCUCCGCAGGAGAAACGAAAACUCCCGCUGUCUUUAAGGCUCGCCUCUCUGACAGAUGUUGCGAAUGCAGCUGCCUGUCAAUAGAGAUAACAGGAUGGGCUUGUUCUUCUGCUUACCGUAACUGGACCUGGAGAAAGUUGUUUUAUAUUUCGUGAGAUGAAGAAGACGUACUUACUGUGUGCGUUAAAAGUGGACAGCUGCUCCAUCGUUAUUGACGAACGAGCUUUAUUUCAUUUCAAUUUCUAAUCUCUGGCGCUGAUGAAUUUGGAGCUGCUAAUGCAGCAAUCAAUCCACUAGCGCAACGGGUUGCCGCUAAAAAAGCUGCUCAGGAGGACGUCGACGAAAACCUUCUACUCGAGUACUGGGAUUGGGAAAAGAUCUAUGCGUUCUUUGGAGGCCAUGCGUCGCAUUUUUAUGAUAAACCCUCUACUUCUUGAUUAAGUUUAGGCUAUAGCAGUAGCAAAUAAGAACAAUCGGAGUCAGGGAAUUGUUCUUGUAUUAUCGGGCCUGUUGCUUAUAAAUAUAUAAAAGUUAUAUUAUUUUCUGUGUUGAGUCUGAUUCUGAACGGGAAACGAUCUCGUCCUCUAAUGGUCGAAGCUUUUUGUACAAGAACUGAAUCAGUGUGCGAAAAGUCCACUGAAUCAGGAAUUGGCUGAGGCGACGGAUCCAGAAGUGCAAUACAAGUAUCGACAGGAGCUUCAAACACCGAAAAAUCUGACACACGAGGUGAUUCGGAAUGCCCGCCACACGGUGCUACCUCGCGAAACGGUGCGUUUUGAGUGGCAAGUCGAUUACCUCAAGUCCUCUCCGUUGUUGGAAUCAGUAUCGAAAAUGGAGCUGAUAGAAACCAUACGGGCUAUUAUAGCACAGGUAAAAUGCUGAGUACAGAAGUACCUUACCUAUACGUUUACGUACUUAGUGAUUCUGAUUUUAAAAUAAAUAAUUAUCUAAUUUUGUGUUGUAGUCGUGGUUGAACUUGAGGAUAGUAAACACUUUCUUUUGAUUUUGGAGGUCGCGAUGCUUUCUUGUUACGUUCCUAAGACUCGUUACCCAAACACCAUCAGGGAAGCAUUUCGAUGCCAGAGAACUUCAAUAUUGAGAACCGAAUAUUAAUCGCUCUACUCGAUGCUCGUCUCCUGAUACCGCAGUGGGAACCCGCGCGUCUACAAUUUCCAACCAAAUACACACGGCAUCUGCUGCAAAUUUGGAUGGACAUGGAGUACAACGAGAUGUCCUUGAAGGAUCGGGUGGAGUAUAACAUGAGUUUCUGGAAACACAGAGACCGUAUUUGCCAAAGUGUCAAGCGAGUGGCACACUAAACAAGACCUCCAAAGCAUUUCAAUUUCAUCUCGUCGUUCUUCUUGUGCAUAAAUGUUCAUCAAGAGCAGACCGUUCUACUUUGUCUCAUGAAUUGUCAGGACCGACACGUGUCAAAUCGAAAACUACAUGAUUACGUAGGAUGAUGAUGAUCGCAAUCGCUACCACGUUCGAGAGGACGACAAGAAGAAAGAGGCACGCACGCAAAGCGCGAGGAUCUCUUUGGUACUGACCUGUCGAAUCUCGCGCUGUCGUAUCGAGACAAACACACAGUCAGCUUUGCCCAAUCAACGGCGUUGCCCUUCUUCAAAGAAUCUUCGAGCCAAAACCAUUCCAAUAUGAAACCUUUUUGGUGUGUCGAAUUGAGUCUUCCAACAGUUUCAAAAAAACUGAGUCUUUUUUUGUUGAUGUGGUGCUUCAUGAAUAAAGGCCUCCUCUUGAUUCGCGUCAAUCUUCUUGCGUAUUGCAAUUCUCCUGCGAAUAGUUUUCGGGGCCCAGGCACCGGUAAAGAUAGGCCUCUGAAGGGUGCCUCUGCGUAGGAAAUCUGAACGUAUGUUAUGGUCGAGACUCAUUAUAGGC